AUGACGGCCUCUUAUUUAUCUCACAAGCAAGGUAAUUAGUUGCUCUUUUUGGGGAACUUCUUCUAUAUGAUGCAUAAUUCACAAUAUUAUUGCUGUAGAAUUGACAAUAAAAUUUAUUAAAGAUAAGCAGCUAACUUCACCUGCAAGAUUGCAGGUGCUCUUACGUUAUACUAUCUGUAUGCUUUCAAAGGAAGGAAGUUAUGGAUAUCACGUAACUUAUCUACUAAAAAUGUUUUGAAAGUCGACUCAGUAAUAUGUAUCAUUUUUACUAAAUGAAAAUGUUCAAUAAAUAAAAAGUGUGGCUCACCAAAGUUGUUACAAUUCAAUUAUACAGUAUAGGCGACAAAAUUGUGGACUGUUCAAUGUUGUGAUACUAUUUUUUAUUACAUACUUGACGUUGUACCUUUAUCAGGUAGGAAGCAGCGGGACAUAAAAACGAUAUCGACAUAUCGUCCCGGAUAUCGUUUUUUGUCCCGGAUAUCGUUUUUUGUCCCGCUAAAUUUCGCGCCUUGUCAAAACAAACAUGGCGACUCGAGGUUCGUGCUCAAUGGGUUCGUGUUGGUUGAUGUCGACAGUUUUAUCGAAGGAAACAAGAACGAUAAUACAAAACGAAAGACUUAAAUUGUAUAUUAUUUAUAUGAAUGGUCUAUUUAUUUUCUAAAAUCAUAUUUGUUCAGUAAAUGAUGAAUUUUUCCGAAUUCUAAAAUGAUCCUUUUUUUUCAAAACUGUUUAUUUUUGGGUGUCAAACCCUGAUAAAGGUACAAGUAAAUAAUAUAUAGGUUAUCGUACUCGGGAUUCGAUGAUAUCAGUUUUAUAGCUCUUGGGACGAUAUCACAAUUGUCCCUCGCUCGCUGCGCUCGCUCGUGACAAUUGUGAUAUCAUCCCUCGAGCGAUAAAACUGAUAUCACCUCAUCCCUUAUAUGAUAACCUAUAUUUAUAAUAGAUGAUAUUGGGUUCUCGAUAAGGGGAACAGUGGCGGAAAUUCACUUUUUCCGGUGGGGGGCGAAGCCUUCUGAAUUUCCGACAAAACUUUCAAAUUUCCGACAACCCCCCCCCCCCAUUUGCACUAGAAAAGGCUGUUUUUAGCUCUCUUAUAGGUCAAAAUUUCCGAAAAUUCGUCAUUUUCCAUGAAGGUGGGGGGGGCCCCCCACCGAGAUUUCCGCCACUGAAGGGGAAUGGGAUAAAAAAUUACUUUUCGACCUAAAUAUCCCACCUGUCAUGCAUGACUAUUUGGAAACAAUAACCCAAUGGAAAUGUUCCUAAAACAUUCUAGUAUAGUAAUAUUCUACCAAUUAAUUUGCUCACAUGGACGAACCAAUUCACUUGAGACGUUCGACAUUACGCAACGUCGUGUAUUUGAUAAUUUUUGGUCACUUCCUAUAUCUCUGUAUGAUUGGUCAAAUGAAUUUGUUCGUGCGAGCAAAUGAAUUGGUAGAAUUUUAGGAACACUUCCAUUACCACGAGUGUAAGACGUGGGAAAUAUGUCAUUAUUUACGUCAUAACCUGCUUUCCUACCCUAUUAGUUCAUCAGUUGUACGUCAUAAACUAUAGCCAGGCAUAAUUAUUGGCUUCUAAUUAGGCAUAUGAUACAAAGUUUCGCAAUAAUAUAUACAUUAUUUUAAUAUUAAGGGAAAUGUUCUACCAAUAGUCUCAGAUCUGUAAUUCGUUCAAUUUUACUUGUUAUGUUAUUCGAUAAUUUCUCAUGUGUGAUUGAGCGUGUUGUCUAUCAAAAGGUUCGCAGAAAAUAUGCAAUAGAAAAGAUACUAACUACACAGAAUUACUAGUUGUUGACCAGCAAAUAGUAUCCUACUUGACUUAAUAACUUGAGUACCUAACUUGCAGAAUAGCUGUAGUGUAGAGGUUGAAAUUUACUUUAAAUAUACAUAUCGCGGUUAAAAAGUGGAACAUUUCGAUCGAAAUGUUCCCCUUUUGCAGGAUAACUCUAUGGAGAAGCCAACAUCAUCUAAGAUAAAAUAUUGAACAGGGAUAAUUAGGAUUAAACUGUGGUUUCAACAUAAUCAGUUCACGAAUUUAUCAGUGAUUUUAACUCAUUAAACUGCAAAUUCAACUUGUCUGUUGAACGCUUUCAUUUAGAAGAUUGAACUUUCAGCAUAAACUGAGCAAGGUUUGCACGGUUAUUGGAAUUUAAAAGCAUUUUUCUUCUUAAAGCAAGUUUGACUUAUUGUAUACCAGAAAGCUGCGGAUUGAGAGGCAUUCAACUACCAGAAAGAUACAUGUAAAAUUUGGAAGUUUUGAGCGAAGACCCUUCGUCGAAAUGUCGAUGUUUCACUUGUGUUUUUCAGGUAGUUGAAUUACUUUCAAUCUGCAGCAUUCUAGCGUUAUCAUCACUACCUACACUGGCACAGACCGUUAAAAUCCUUUCUGCUAUACAUUUUCACAAAGUGAACUGUAAUGGUUGGGUGUGGGAGUCAACAUAAGAAUUGUGGGACUUGUUCGCCUACUAAGUUACAAGGGUGGGUUGACUACAAAAUUUUUGUAGUCGCUAUAACUACAGCUACUUCAAAAAUAUGUAGUCAGCUACAACUACUGCUACUUUUGAACAAAGGUAGUUCGCUACUGACUACAGCUACUGCUUAAAAAAUAUAGCGAAUUAUUUCGCUACACUAUAUAUUUUUAGUUUUACUAUCAGUGAUUUGGAGCAUCUACUAACUCAGGCUGUAAUGUAAUCUAUAACAAAUCGACUUACGAGUAACAACAGUAAACACAAAGCAACAUUUUGUAAGCACUACAGUGUUCAGGAGUGCAAAUUGACUAUUGAGUAUUGAUUUAAUUUAAGCAAACCGUGUCUCAAUAUCAUGCUAUUCUAUCAAGUUGCUAACAAUUUUAAAAAGUAGCGAAUAGCGAUUCGCUGUUUGAAAAGUAGUCAACUACUUGGCUACUUUCAGGCAAAAUGUAGUUCGCUAUAACUCAGGGCGUAGGAAGCGGGGGGGGGGGCAAAAAAUUUAUAAGGGGGGGCCGAGAUAGCUUUCGGCCCCCCCAAGAAAUCAUUGAAUUUACUCAAUUUACAAUAAAUGCAGUGAAAUUCGAAACUGAAAGUAUUUAGAAUUGUGUAUACAUUUUAGUAAUACACGUAUCUGUGAUCAAAAUUUACAUGGAUAAAAUUUUUCUUUCAUCGCGAGUUUAUUUGUGAGCGAUUAUUUGUUUUAUCAUGGAGUUUUGAUGUGUUAGGUACUUAGGCAGCGGCAAUUGCUUCGCUAAGUGUUAUCAUCUAGCGCAAUCGCAAGCAAAAUAUGAAUAAAACAUGAGUGCUGGCCGUUCUCGUUCUAUUCAUACCUAAUUUUAAGAAUUUUUUAUCACUGCACAGUUUUGUGCAAAGUUUAGUCGAGCAGAAGCACGCCCUGAAAAUUUCUGAACACACCCUUAUAAUAAUGUGUAACAACAAAGCAGGCUACUAUUCAUAUUCAAAAAUGCCAAAACGAACAUACACUGCACAGCACUCGGGGAAAUUUGGGGGCCCAGGACAAACUUUGACUUGGGGGCUCUCGUGAUUCCAUGUUCUAACACUAUGAUUCCCUGGUCCGGGGGCAUCACCCGAAAAAUUUUGAAUCUGAGGUCCCAGAAAUGGCCAAAUACUGCAUUCUGGAAGUCUAGUUGACAGUUAUAUCUAUGCGGUAUAUUUCACUGCAAUUCUUUAUUUGGGCCCCCCUUUAACUGGGGUCACAGGGCAAAUUUCACACCUCUGGGCGGCCUUGACAGCACCUGCAGUUACGACUAUCUGUGACAGCUUAGUUUCAUAAUAACAUGACUGAAGAAAAUAAAUAUUUUCGUCUUGGCAAAUUAAAGGCGCUUACGGGCUUAGGCGUGACAAACCUCUAGAGGAGUUCCAGGGGCAUGCGCCACAGACAAUUUUGUAAUCUAGGCACUAUAAAUGGGUAUCUCCUGCAAUGUGUGAGGACAUUCUAUAGAAUUCUGAAAAUUAUACAGUAAUUACAAAAUCUUAUAAGUAUCAUUCACUCCUUCUUCCAAACUUAUAAAGAGAUCUUUGGUGAGAGACUUUGUUCAUCUGAUGAACCAUAAGUAUGUUAUUAAUGCGGACGUUCGAUAAUUUGGCAGUCAUCAUUUCAAUUUCAAUUAAAUCAUUCUCAUUCAAAAUGUUUCGCCGGAUUAGUUCAGUUUUUCUGCCGGCAUUGUCUCAUUUUCUUGUGUUAAUUAACAACUUAUCAAAUCAAAUUUAUCACUGCACAUUUUGCACUUUAUCACUGCACAUUUUACUUUUAUCACUGCACAAAUUGGCUAUCACUGCACACUAAAAUUAGGUAUGGUUCUAUUAAAGAGUUUUUUAAAUGCAAAGAAUUAGAAAGUCAACAGGAGGAUGAUAACCCAUCUCUUUCCGCGUCUUCUGAUGAAGAAACCGAACGUAGAGACCUUAGCGAUUCGGCAAAGCAAGGUAGGUGCUUUUACGUUUUUAAUUUAUAGUAUACGGGUAGUAUAGUAUAUUUAUGACUUUAUCGACUCAACAUAUUGCCUAUUCUGUUUUAUAAGCCAGUAAAUCACUAAAUCCUAAAGUGAAGAAUAUGUUAAAAUAUCUAAGUUAUAUAUUUUACUUUAUACUUAUACUGCAGACGAAAGUUUUGGUGAAGAACACCAACCAAUAACAGUCUUGGAUAAAAAUAUUAAUGAUCAUCAGGUAUAUUUAUAAUUUCUAUAUAAAGACUAUAAUCUAUAUAUAAAGUUUAUCAGUACUAUAAAGACUGUAUAUACAGGUUAAGUAUUUCAAACAUAACUUAUAUUGUACUGGAUUUUACGUAUUACUGCUAGGUUUCAAACUUAAUGUCAGCUAAUCAUGCACAUACGAAAUUCAUUUUCUAGGGUAGUGCUAAAUGCAAAAAUAUAUGUUGUGCUGAAGACUCAAGCGAACCUUUUCAACCACGUUCUAAAACUAUCCUGGAAAAAACAUCUCAAGCUUCUGGUGUUGGAAAAAAUUUUCGGGUUAGGACAUUUCAAGUUGUUUGGUAUAAUAAUUAUUCUUGGAUUACAUUAUGUGGCACAAGCUAUUUAGUCUUCUGCCACUACUGCCGAAAAGCUAAGCAAAAAGGAUUGUUGACAUUCAGUUCAAAACAAGAAAAAGCCUUCACUCUGGAUGGUUUUGGUAAUUGGAAGAAAGCUCUUCAGCGGUUUAAAGAACAUGAGAGCAGCCAAUGUCGUAAGGAAAGCAUGGAGAAAAUUAUCCUAAUGCAUCAACCUUCAGUUGCUAGUAAGUUAGCAACUGAACUUGAAAAUUCUCAAGCAUUGCACCGCACAUUGUUGAAAAAAGAGAUAUCUUCCAUUAAAUACCUUCUCAGACAAGGAAUGCCUUUACGAGGUAAGAGACAAGAAGGCUGUUAUUGAUUAUUUGAUUUGGUUGUCCACACAACCAAUACACUUGGCAUGUUUUAUAGGUUAUUUAAAUAUAAUUUUAGGACAUAAAGAUAAAGACGGAAACCUAUAUCAAAUGUUGAAAACUAGGGCUGAAGAUGUCCCAGAAAUUUCAAAGUGGCUGGAGUUAAAGCGUUAUCAGUCUCCUCAAAUUGUAAAUGAAAUCAUUUCUCUAAUGGGCCAAGAAGUUCUGCGUGGGAUUCUUGUAAAAAUCCGCGAGGCAGGAUAUUUUGGUCUUAUGGCAGAUGAAACUAGAGAUAUCUCCAAUAAGGAGCAAUUGGUCGUUUGCUGUCGCUGGGUAGAUGAGUAUUAUAACAUCCCCGAAGAUCUGUUAGGUCUAUUCCAAAUUUCAAGUUGCACAGCUGAUUCAAUUGUAUCUCACCUAAAGGAUAUUCUCGUUCGUUGUAUUUUACCUUUAAAUCAGUGUCGUGGCCAAGGAUAA